GUUUAUAAGCCGUGUGGAACCAUCGAGAAAGCGAAAACGAAGAAGAAACUUUCAAAAGCCUUCGAUGGUGACGACGCAAUCAACAUCUGUGAUCGUUCCUCCGCCGGAAACACCUAAUCUGAACCCUAGCAUGUUAUCGGAUUCCGACAUCAUUUCGUUUCCGCCGCUAGAUCCUCUUUUCCUAUCUGAUUCUGAUCCGAUUUCAAUGGAUGCUCCUCUCUCUGACCUCGACUUCUUACUCGACGAUGAGAACGGUGAUUUUGCCGAUUUCGAUUUCCCGUUUGAUAGUUCGGAUGAUUUCUUCGAUUUCGAUUUGGCGGAGCCCGCGGCGGCGGUGAUACCUGAGGAGAUGGGAAAUAAUCGUUCCAAUUUGGACUCAUCGGAAAACAGAGACGGCGAUGGAGGCGCAGAAGGACGAUCUGAUUCUGUUCAUUCUCAGGUUUCAUCUCAAGGCUCCAAGACGACUUUUGUGUCCGACACCGUUGACGCGUUAUCCUCCCCUGAAUCGAGCAAUCACAAGAAGUCUUCUGUCAGCAAGAGGAAGAAGGAAAAAGAAGACUCCGGCCUUGAACACAGGAGCCGCAAGUAUCAAAAGUCCGAUGAUAAAUCAGUCGCUACAAACAACGAAGAGGAUGAUGACGACAAGAAGAGGUUAAGGCAGAUCAGGAACCGUGAAAGUGCUCAGCUUUCGAGGUUGAGGAAGAAGCAACAAACUGAGGAGCUUGAAAGGAAAGUGAAGAGUAUGAAUGCUACCAUUGCUGAACUGAACGGUAAGAUUGCUUAUGUUAUGGCUGAGAAUGUAGCUUUAAGGCAACAAAUGGCUGUAGCUUCUGGUGCUCCUCCUAUGAAUCCUUAUAUGGCUGCACCGCCAUUACCUUAUCAAUGGAUGCCAUAUCCACCGUAUCCUGUCAGGGGUUAUGGAUCACAGACUCCGCUGGUUCCCAUUCCUAAGUUAACCCCUAAGCCUGUCUCUAGUUGUAGAUCGAAAAAGACAGAGAGUAAGAAGAAUGAGGGCAAAAGUAAGCUCAAGAAGGUUGCUAGUAUUAGUUUUAUUGGAAUUCUCUUCUUUGUUUUCUUGUUUGGUACAUUAGUUCCGUUUAUGAAUGUAAAUUAUGGAGGAGAAAGUGGAAGCUUUGGCGGUUUGUCUAAAUAUGAUGGUCACCGGUACUACCAUGAGCACAAGGGGAAGGUUCUAAUGGUCGGUGAUGGUUCUGAUGUUAGAAGAGAAAGUGGAAUAUCUGACGGACAUUUACAUUCUAGUAGGAGGGUUCAUGGUGAUAGCGAUAGUUGUGGAGGAGUAGAUUAUAACCCUCAUCCGAAAAUAGAGGGACGACCAAGUUCAGUGAGCAAUGCUAGUGACCCUCUUUUUGCUUCUCUCUAUGUCCCAAGAAACAAUGGGCUUGUGAAGAUUGACGGGAACUUGAUAAUUCACUCUGUUUUGGCGAGUGAGAAAGCAACUGCUUUAGCUAAGAAGAAUAUCACUGCAACAGUAAAAACCAAAGAACCGGAUUUGACCAUUCCUGGUGCACUUUCUUCUGCGUUAGCUGUUCCUGAGCUAAGAGGAAAUGCAGCAAUGCUCCCUCAGUCAAUGGCUCUAUCUUCUGAAGGGAAAAGGCUUCAUCAAUGGUUUCAUGAAGGUGGCUCAGGGACACUAAUGGAUUAUAGCAUGUGUACUGAAGUUUUCCAGUUUGAUAUUGCUCCUGGUGCUAUAGUCCCAUCAUCAGUCUCCAACAUUUCAGCGGAGCAGCUCCAAAAUGUCACCACCCACGGCAAGAGAAUGAAGAACAGGAGAAUUCUCGAGGGACUUCCGGUUUCACGUUUGGCAUCUGAGCUCAAUAUCACCGGAACCCAGCCGAACAAAGAAACUCAAAACAAGACCUUCAAUGGAAACACUAAGAACAAACCCAACUCAUCAUCCUCCAUGGUUGUCUCAGUGUUGCUUGAUCCAAGAGAGAUUGUUGACUCUGAAACCGAUAGAGUGGUGCCCCCGAAUCCUAAAUCACUUUCCCGGAUCUUUGUGGUGGUGCUCCUCGACAGUGUCAAGUACGUCACCUACUCAUGCGUCCUUCCUCGAUCUGGUCUCCAUCUCGUAGCCACCUGAUCCAAGUUACUCAGCUCAACUAGACCUCAGUAGGAGACCGUUGACUUGUUUAUAUAUACAUUACGUUAUUGACUUUUUUUCCCCGUGUUGUACAACUCUUGUUUUAAGGUUUUGGAUUUUAAUGUUGAGAAUUAAACUGAAA